AUGGAGCGUGUGCCUGGAUCGUUUGGCACCAGCGUUAGUUUCGCUCUCCGUAUCUUCCAACUCGGUUUCUCUUCAACUUCUCUGAUCUCCAUGUGCUUGGAUUACGAUUUCAAUGAAGUCACGACCUUCUGCUAUCUGGCGGUUGUAAUGGCUUAUGUAAUUCUCUGGAGUAUCUUACACACGUUGGCCGAUACAUACUCUGUCUUAAUGAAACAACUUCCUCACAAACCUAGAGUUCUAUCCAUAGUUCUCGCCGGUGAUGUUGUACUGUCGUUUCUUUCUCUGAGUGGGGCUUGUGGUGCAGCCAGUGCAACCGAAAUGCUUUUGUCUAUUGAUGCACCCAUGUGCGGAGAUAACAGAUGUAUCAAAUACCAAGUCUCAGCUUUAUUGGCCUUCUUGUGCUGGGCUCUGUUUCUUGAUUCAGCUAUUUUCAAUCUUUGGAGCUUAUAUUCACUAUUCCAUUGA